AUGGAAAGAGUGUCAUCGCGUUCUGCAAAACGAAUAUCUUCUCCCGAUUUGGCAAACCUUGGGCCAUUAUUAGUAAUGGUGGCUCUAACUUUAGUAACAAGUAGGGCUAUUGGAGAAGCUAGCAAGCAAUUUGAGGUGUCCAAUUGCAAGAUCAAGCAAAUUCUGGCGAAGAAGGUGAAUGCUAAUAGAAUGGAUUGGUCAAGGAGGCUUGAUGAUGAUCUUUGGGAAUAUCACAGCGAAUACAAGACUCCCAACGGUAUGUCUCCAUACAAACUUGUACAUGGGAAGGCUUGUCACUUGUCGGUGGAGUUAGAGCACAAAGAAAUGUGGGCAAUGAAGAAACUGCAGAUGGAUUGGACUGAAGCGGCAGAAAAAAUAUUAAAAGGGUUAAAUGAUCUUGACGAGUUUUGCCUCAAAGCAUAUAAAAAUUCAUCCAUCUACAAAGAGAAGAUAGCACGACCAGAGGAUUGA